AUGCCAUUCCCAGCUUUUGACCCAGCUCAACACAACUCUCCCGAGUUUACGCGUUACGCUGCUGUCCACGCAAAUCCCAAGGGCCCCGGCGAUGCACGCCCAACUGCGGAGCAAAUUAUCAGAGAUGAGGGUCUCAAUGGCAAGCUUAUUGAAAAGACCAUUUUGAUUACUGGCUGCAGCUCUGGUAUAGGGAUUGAGACCGUCCGCGCCCUCAAGUUGACUGGUGCGCGCAUCUUCGCGACAGUCCGUGAUCUCGAAAAGGGCAAAAAGGCCCUUAGCGACAUCCUUGAGCCUAGAAAGGUCGAGCUCUCCCACCUUAACCUCAACUCGCUCGCAUCUGUUCGCAAAUUCGCCGCCGAAUUCCUGGCCGCCAGUAACAACCAACUCAACAUCCUUAUUAACAACGCCGGUAUCAUGUCCUGCCCUAAAGGCACCACUGAAGAUGGGUUUAAACUGCAGGUGGGCACCUGCCACCUCGCGCACUUUUUGCUCUUCCAGCUCGUUAAACCUGCGCUUCUUGCCUCCACCAGGCCCAAUUUCCACUCACGCGUAGUCAGCGUAGCAUCAAUGGCACAUCGCUAUUUUCCCCUCAAGUUCGACAACUUCCAGCUCCGUCACGGCGAAUAUCACCCAGAGCAUGCCUAUGCCAAGGAUCCUGUGUUGGCCGCCACGCGAAAAACUCCAGAGCAGGGUGCUGCUACCACGGUGUGGGCAGCUGUGGCGCACGCGUGGGAGGGGAGGGAGGUUUGUAUCUGA